GAUGGUGGUUUGGGUCCUACAGGUCUGACGCGUCCAACAACAAAACAUCAAAUGAGCCGCUAGACAUAAUAACCGGCAGGGCGGCGGAUUGUUAUUAUCAGUCUCUGGAACGCUUUUGGACUACUUUUCUUGAUUGAUAUAAAAUCAGUUUAAUGCACCGAGCUGUGUUUUCGAGAUGCUGCAGGAAACAGGAGCAGAAACGCGUUCCAGGACCCAGCUAACUCUGUGACCAAACUGCAGCUUUGUGAAAAAAUAAAUUUAAAAAAAAUAUAUUCUCUUUCUCUCUCUGUAUAUAUAUAUCUCCUGUGAAGCAGGUAGAAACGGAGCGAGGUGGUUUAUAUAUAAACCCCUUAAACUUUCACCAUUUCCGGGCUCGGGCUAGCCGGUAGAGUGGAGCGGGACGGGGGCUCGCGGGCUGUAGGAAGCGGAACUGGCUCUGUGUCGGACUCGGUGUCGGUACCGGUACCGGGAUUAACGCUACUGAACAACGACAUGGUUGCAGGAAAAGGCGGCGUGAAAGCAUCGCUCUGGCACAACGAGAGAGUGCGUUUCCUCGUGUGUUUCCUUGGAGUGUUUGUGUGUUACUUUUACUACGGCAUUCUCCAGGAGACCAUCACACGAGGAAACUAUGGCCAGGGGGAGAAAAAGGAGAAGUUUCGCUAUGCCACUACACUUGUGUUCAUCCAGUGUAUCAUCAAUGCUCUUUUCGCCCGACUCUUGAUCCAGUUUUUUGAGGGCUCCAGGCCGGACCACACGGAGAGCUGGCUCUAUGCAGUGUGUGCUCUGUCCUAUCUGGGAGCCAUGGUGUCCAGUAACUCUGCUCUGCAGUACGUCAACUACCCCACACAGGUUUUGGGGAAAUCAUGUAAGCCUAUUCCAGUCAUGAUCCUUGGUGUGACCAUUCUGAGGAAGAAGUAUCCCGUGGCCAAGUAUCUGUGUGUGCUUUUGAUCGUCAGUGGUGUGGCGCUUUUCCUCUACAAACCCAACAAAGGUUCCACCUCCGCAGACGAACAUGUGUUUGGCUUUGGAGAGAUGCUGCUGCUCCUCUCUCUCACUCUGGACGGCCUGACGGGUGUAGCUCAGGAUCACAUGAGGGGGCGUUACCAGACAGGUGCCAAUCACAUGAUGCUGAAUGUGAAUCUGUGGUCGACGCUCGUGCUGGGUUUGGCCGUGUUGUGGACAGGCGAGGUGUGGGAGUUUGUAAACUUUGCUGAUCGCUACCCCAGUGUCAUCUACAACAUUUUGCUCUUUGGUUUUACCAGCGCUCUGGGACAGACCUUCAUCUUUAUGACAGUCGUGUAUUUCGGGCCCCUCACCUGCUCCAUCGUCACGACAACAAGGAAGUUCUUCACCAUCCUGGGCUCUGUGCUGCUGUUUGGGAACAUCAUCACAUCCUUGCAGUGGCUUGGAACCAUCCUUGUUUUCUUGGGUCUCGGCUUGGAUGCCAAGUUUGGAAAGGCGUCCAAGAAGACAACGCACUAAAGCACAAAGACAAUGUGUGUGUGUGUGUGUGUGUGUGUGUGUGUAUGUAUGUAUGUAUGCAAGCGUGUGCUGUACUCACAGAGAGAACUUGAAGAAACAUUCAUAAUCUGAAAAACAAACCAAAAUGUACUUAUUUUUAUGCUUUUCCAUCCAUGAAUCACUGAAACAGUGGUCACGUCUUAACUUAAAGCAGAGACUGGACACUGAUGGAAAAUUUUAGUUCAUUUUUCUAGUCAAAAUACCACACACUACUUCUACUUUGAACGAUACUUCCCAGGGAGUUUAGAGCCAGAGGACAGUGAGCAUGAUGAGAAUGAUUUGUACACUCAUGGUAAGCGUGUGCACCAGCUCAGAUUGACCGAUUAUACAUAGACCUCUCCAUGUGUUAGUGUCAGUUUUACUCUGAAUCCUGCCAGAUAGAGUCCCUCUUUUGUGGUUACUUUUGUUUUUAAAUGUAUAAUGCACGUUCGUGUGUGUGUGUGUGUAUAUAAGUGUGUUCUGACACUCCGUCUGAGACUUGGAUCUUUAAUGUUCACCCUGUCCACUACAUCAAAGACGCAUCAGAUUAAAUCUGAUACCCAACAUUAAUUUGUUCAUGUAAAACAUGAGGUUUUUUUUAUAUUUGUGUUCCUGUCAUGUGUCUUGUUUACUGUAUGAAGAAAUGAUCAUCUCUUCCAUACAUUUCAGAGAAAUAAGGGAAUAACUAGCAUAAGAAAAUAAUGAGUUUUUGGGUUUCCUGCAGUUUUUUUUUUUUUUUGACCAGUUGGAACUGUAUUGAAUAUUAAACUAAAAGGGAAACUCAGCCAGAUUAUCGGGGGGGGGGGUGCGAUGACCAGCUGUUGUAUAUGAACAUUGUAUUCGAGUCUGCCAACGAAGCCGUGUUGUCCGUCUGUCCAUCAAAGGGAAAAAUCCAACCAGAUGGCAUUAAACUUAUUUUGGACAUGAAUAAA